AUGUCAACAAAUCUAGCAAAUUACUUCGCCGGUAAGAAAGAUAUUGAAAACGAGCAUGUAAAUAGAAAUGCGAGCCAUGAAAGUAAUAGCAAAAGUGAUGUCAAAAUUAGUGGUAACGAUAACGACAACGACGAAGAUAUGGGGCCUUCAGUAUCGAUGGCUGUUCAAGCGAAAAAUGAUGAUGAUUUCCAUAAAUCAACUUUCAACCUUAAAAGAACAAGAUCAAUGGGCCUUCUUGAUGAAUAUAUUGACCCUACCAAGAAAUUGCUAGGAAGGUCAGACGACUUAUAUGAUAACGACAAUGAAUAUUAUGACAACUCAUCUAAUAAUUCUUCAAGCAAUUCUUCAGAUGAUGAUUAUGAUGACGGCUAUCAGGAACACUCAACCUCCGUUUCUCCACCGCCGGCGGAUAAUGAUAGCUACUUAAUUCCACAAGAUGAUAAUGACGUAGUGGUAGAGCCAGAAAGACAUGUUGACUAUCUGUCACAUGAAUGGAAAGAAUCAGAAAUUUCUAAUUCUUGGAAAUAUAUCAUCCUAAAGAAAAAGAAAAGAGAUGUUGAUCUAGUAAAUGCUGCUAGGUUAGAAAAUGCCUCAUGGAGAACAUGGGCAAAAGCAAGAAACAACUUGAAAACAGUGUCACCUGAAGUGGUUAAUUGGUCAAAAGAUUCUGAUGUGACUUGGCUAUAUGGCCCUAUUGUAAGAGAUUCUGAAGGUAAUGCCCAAAGUGAAGAAGAACAUGAUCUAGAAAGAGGAUAUGGUUCGGAUGAUGAAAAUUCCAAGAGAAUUUCAAUGCCCACUAAAAAUUCAAAGUCGAUCGCAGCUGCUCCGAAACCAAUUUUGAAGAAGAGAACCGUCACAGAAAUUAUAGAGGACAACGCUUUAUGGAAACUGAAUGAGGCAAGAAAACACAUGACAGAAAUGAAACAUGCUUCGGUAAUAAUGGAUCCCAAUGGCAACAAAAACGUCCAUGACGAUUUCGAUGCUCUGGCCGCUCAAGUUAACGCCCAGUACUACCAUUAUCCCAAAGAAUCGAACAGUAGCGUUAGUUUGAAGAGUCAACACUCUGACAAAAAAGAUAAUUCUACCAUACCGAAUCCUGUAGGAGAAAAUUCAAAUGGUGGCGGUGACAAGGGAGAAGAAGACCUGCAUUUAAAGUCAGCGCUUCAUGUUCAAAACAAUAGGUCAACGGCACAAUCAAACAAAAGCAUACUAGAAAAUAGUACCAAUGAUCGUAAGGCUAACUUGGAUCAAAACCUAAAUUCUCCUGAUAAUAAUAGGUUCCCCUCCUCAACAUCUUCCUCCAAUAGAGAUAAUGAAAACAAUUCCAUGGGAUUAUCAUCAAUAUUAACCUCAAACCCAAGUGAAAAAUCUAACAAACCUACUAAAAAUAGACAUAUACAUUUUAAUGACAGGGUGGAACAAUGUAUGGCACUACGAUAUCCAGCUUCACAAUCGGAGGAUGAUGAAAGCGAUGAUGAAAAUAAACAAUAUGUUGAUGUUAAUAACAAUGCGAACGUUACAACAAUAAACAACAAUAGGACUCCAUUGCUAGCCAUUCAGCAUAAAUCUAUUCCUAUCAACUCCGCAACUGAACAUUUGAACAAAAAUACUAGCGACGAUGAUACAUCCUCACAAUCAUCAUCUUCAUCACAUUCUGAUGAUGAAGAACACGGCGGCCUUUACAUAAAUGCAAGAUUUUCCAGGAGGUCUGACUCUGGAGUUCAUUCACCAAUAACAGAUAAUUCCUCUGUGGCUUCAUCUACUACUUCCAGAGCUCAUGUACGUCCCAUAAUAAAGUUGCUUCCUGAUACCACUUUGAAUUAUGGAUCAGACGAAGAAUCUGAUAAUGGCGAAUUUAAUGGGUAUGGUAAUGCUGUGUCACAUAACGUCAAUACCUCCAGAGGCUAUGAUUACAUAUACGAUUAUAACUCGGUCUACACUGGUGAUACUUCCAGUUUUUUACCAGUAGAUUCAUGUGACAUUGUAGAUGUUCCUGAAGGAAUGGACUUACAAACAGCCAUUGCAGAUGAUAAUGCAUCAAACUAUGAAUUUAACAAUGCGGUAGAAUCCAAGGAAAAACAUGUUCCACAACUACACAAAGCUUCAGCAAAUAAUACAACACGUCAACAUGGAUCGCAUAUGUUAUUAUAUGACGACGACAAUUACAGCUCUUCAUCAGAUAGCGAACAGCAAUUUAUUGAAGACUCACAAUACAAUAGUAGCGACGACGAAGAGGAAGAAGAUGACGAUGACCAAGAAGUAGACGAUAACCACGAUGAAGGACUUUCACUGAGGAGAACAUUGUCACUUGGGAAAUCAGGAUCUACCAAUUCUUUGUACGAUCUAGCACAACCAUCACUCUCUUCGGCAACUCCUCAACAAAAAAAUCCUACUAAUUUUACAGGGGGUAAAACUGAUGUAGACAAAGAUGCACAACUGGCUGUCAGGCCGUAUCCGUUGAAGCGCAAUUCCUCUUCAGGGAACUUCAUAUUCAAUUCAGAUAGUGAAGAAGAGAGUAGCAGCGAGGAGGAACAAAGACCAUUACCCGCUAACAGUCAGCUGGUUAAUCGAAGCGUAUUGAAAGGCAGUGUGACACCAGCAAACAUAUCAUCUCAGAAGAAAAAAGCCCUUCCAAAGCAGCCAAAAGCGUCCGAUAGUUCACAAAGCUUUAGAAUUGUAAAUAAUACUCCUUCACCAGCCGAAGUGGGGGCGAGUGAUGUUGCCAUAGAGGGUUAUUUCUCUCCUAGAAAUGAAUCUAUCAAGUCUGUUGUUUCCGGGGGAAAUAUGAUGGACCAUCAAGAUCACUCAGAAAUGGACACUUUGGCAAAAGGAUUUGAAAACUGCCAUAUAAAUAAUGCUAGUAAGCUAAAGGACAAGAAAGUUGAUAGCGUGCAAACCACUAGAAAAGAAGCGUCUUUGACGGAUUCGAGUAAUGAAAGCUUACACAAAGUGGUGCAGAAUGCAAGAGGUAUGGCAAGCAAGUACUUGCACUCUUGGAAAAAGAGUGACGUCAAGCCACAAGAAAAUGGAAAUGACAGCAGUUAG